CUUAGAAAUGAUCGAUAUAAACGAAGCCAAAGAAUUGAAUUUUACUGUUUCCUAAAUUGAAUUUCCGAAUGAGGAAGCACUAAAAAAUUUAGAAACAAAUUUUUUAAUAAUGUGCGAGAAGUUUCUGUUAAAUAUAAUCAGCUCGAACGAUCAGCUGUUGUAUAUAGAUGUAAUUUUUUAACCUGCAAGAUUGGUCGUCAUCCAUGCUUUAUACGUAUACGUGUGUGUAUACGACAUACGAUUACCUAAUUUCGGUGCAGCAGAUUAUUCGUGAAAGAAAGUAUGUCAACUCUACUACGACUCGCUCGUUCCCAAGGAAUCAAAAGCAAGUUGAAGUUUCUAACACCGAAAGAUAUUAAAAUGUGUAGUGCGGCGUCUCGCAGCGAUUCGCCCAUUCAGAAAGUCGAAAAAGCAGAUCAACCGUAUACUGCGGAAAAACCAUGGGUCAGUUACGGAUUCCAUUAUACGGACAAGAAGUUUGACCGUCAAGCUAUGCAUGUAUCAUUCUUCGUCCUGGUCAGCAUAUGCCUAGUAUUCGGGGCACUUGGAGUAGCUUAUAUACCAGAUCCCUUACUCCGAGAUUGGGCUCAACGAGAAGCAUAUAUCCAGCUUCGUUAUAGGGAAGAAAAUGGUCUACCAUUGAUCGAUAAGAAUCUUGUAGACCCAGCAAAGAUUACUCUUCCAAGCGACGAGGAAUUAGGCUAUACAGAAAUAAUCAUUUAAACACUGCCAAAAUUAUGUACAUAUUACGAACUAGCAUUUUUAAUUACUACAGCAAAAUUUAUCUAUUAUACCACAUCAGUUUGUAUAAUAGCAUUUUGAGUGAGUAACGAUAUGUAUGAUCUGCAAUAAAUAAUGUUUAAUGAUCAUGCAAAACAAAA